AGAGGAGUAAGUGAAUUUGAUUGUCGUCAGAACUAGAUUGCCAUAUGAGUUCUGAAAAGUGUUUGGCUCAUGAAGAUAACUGCUCUAAAAAUAGAUUUUUGGAGGAGAGUUUUCACUUAGGUCCAGUUUCGGGUUCCAGCUGAGCUAGCUUUAAGCAACUUGUUUGCUCCUGUUGCAAGACUACAGUGAAGAUAAAUCACUUCUUAUUCUACCUUCAGCAUUACUUUUUGGAGAUACCGACACGCUCAUUUUGUCUGGAAAUCAAACGCUAAUGUUAUGGCUGAUGACACAGAGACUAAGCAUGGAGGAAGCAAGAAUGGAAAGAAAGAAGGCCUCUCUGGAAGCUCAUUUUUCACUUGGUUUAUGGUAAUUGCUUUGCUGGGAGUUUGGACAUCAGUAGCAGUUGUCUGGUUUGAACUUGUAGAUUAUGAAGAAGUACUAGCCAAAGCAAAGGAUUUCCGUUAUAACUUGUCAGAGGUACUACAAGGCAAGCUUGGGAUAUACGAUGCUGAUGGAGAUGGAGAUUUUGAUGUGGAAGAUGCUAAAGUGUUGCUAGGCCUAAAAGAAAGAUCUGUCCCAGAACAGUCAACAUCACCAGAAAGCGAGGAGACCAUUCAGCCUGAUGAACAGUCAUUUGUCAAAUCAGAGCACAAGAAUGUUGAUGAUGUAGAAUUGGAAGAGGAAAUUCAACCCGUUCUUCAUGAAGCUGUCCAUUCUGAGCCUGCAGAGGGACAUGAAGAUGUAGAUGAAAGCGUAAAUGAACAGUGGCAAGAGAAGGAAGAAACACAUGGAGAAACUUUUGAAGCUCCUGCAACAGAUGACUUGCUCAGAGAAUUAGAGAAUGAAGUGACAGAGGACUAUGAGACACCAGACUCAUUUCAGAAAGAUGCUGAUCCUGUAGAUCUUGGAGCAACACAGCCUGAAACAUAUGAAGUUCCAGUUUCAUAUGAUUAUGAUAUGGAUGUAGAGAGGACAGUAAGUGAUCCAGAAGCUCCAGGUGAUGCUGAACUAAUGUUAGAAGAUGCUGUCGAACAUUACACAGAGGAUAGAGUUCAUGGGGAUUAUGAUGAAGAACAUGAACCAAAACAUGAAGAGGAGACUGAGACUCAAGAUACAGCUGUCGAGGACCUUCCUGAAGAAGUUCAUGAAGCUGCAGAGCAAGAUGAAAUUAUUGAAGAUCUGGAAAUUGAUAAAAAGAUGUCAGUAGAAAGUAAACAUACAGAAGAUAACCCGGCCACUGAAACAGAGGAAUCAGAAAUCCCUGUUCAAACUGAGGAUUAUUCAACUGAUAAUCCAGUGGGAAAAGGUGAAAAAGAGACUGAACAAGACAAAACAGAAAAAGCUAAAAAGAAAAAGAAGCCAAAGCUCUUGAACAAGUUUGAUAAGACCAUUAAAGCUGAACUAGACGCUGCAGAAAAAUUACGUAAGAAAGGAAAGAUUGAAGAAGCUCUAAAGGCCUUUGAAGCACUGGUGAAUCAAUAUCCAGAAAGUCCUCGAGCAAGAUAUGGAAAAGCACAGUCUGAAGAUGACUUAGCUGAGAAAAUGAGAAGUAAUGAGAUACUGCAAAAAGCCAUCAACACCUAUGAUGAGGUGGUUAGUCUGCCAAAUGUCCCUUCAGAUCUGAUAAAACUGAGCUUGAAACGAGAAGCUGACAGGCAGCAAUUUCUUGGUCGCAUGAGAAGUUCCCUGGUUACUCUACAGAAAUUAGUUCACCUGUUUCCCAGUGAUACGUCAUUCAAGAAUGACCUUGGUGUUGGUUACCUCUUGAUAGGAGACAACAGCAAUGCCAAGAAAGUGUAUGAAGAGGUUCUACGACUGGCUCCAAAUGAUGGCUUUGCCAAAGUACAUUAUGGCUUCAUCCUGAAGGCAGAAAACAAGAUAGCAGAGAGCAUACCCUAUCUAAAGGAAGGACUGGAGUCUGGUGACCCUGGCACAGAUGAUGGACGUUUUUACUUUCAUCUGGGAGAUGCCUUGCAGAGAAUAGGAGACAAAGAGGCAUACAAGUGGUAUGAACUUGGAUAUCAAAGAGGUCAUUUUGCAUCAGUCUGGCAGCGCUCCCUCUACAAUGUUAAGGGACUGAAAGCUCAGCCUUGGUGGACAGCGAAGGAAACAGGUUAUACAGAACUGGUGAAGUCCUUAGAAAAAAAUUGGAAGCUUAUUCGGGAUGAGGGUCUUGCUGUGAUGGAUAAGAAACAAAGCCUCUUCUUGCCCGAGGAUGAGAAUCUGCGAGAAAAGGGAGACUGGAGUCAGUUUACUUUAUGGCAACAAGGAAGAAAAAACGAGAAUGCUUGCAAAGGUGUUCCGAAAACGUGUGCUUUGUUGGAAAGAUUCCCAGAAGCUACAGGCUGCCGAAGAGGGCAGAUCAAGUAUUCUGUAAUGCAUCCAGGGACUCAUGUAUGGCCCCACACAGGGCCCACCAAUUGUCGGCUAAGGAUGCAUUUGGGCUUGGUGAUACCUAAAGAAGGCUGCAGAAUUCGGUGUGCCCAAGAAAACAGAACCUGGGAAGAAGGGAAAGUUCUUAUUUUUGAUGACUCUUUCGAGCAUGAAGUGUGGCAGGAUGCUGAAAAUUAUCGGCUGAUAUUUAUUGUUGAUGUGUGGCACCCUGAGUUAUCAGCACAACAGAGACGCACCCUUCCUGCUAUAUAAGGGGUUACUUCUGAUGUGAAGAGCAUAGGAGAGAGGACCCUUCAGAGUAUGCAAAUAGAAGCAUGCAGGAUUAAUUUAUCCUGCAUAUGAGGAAUACCAGUAUUAUAAGGGUUAGAAAAGAUGAUAAUGGCAUUUUACAAUUACAGAGGACUUGAGUUAAAAAAAAAAAAAAAAAAGGCAAGCCAUGUUUUUAUUUGUUUGUUUUUUCUUUUUUUUUUUUUUCCACACUGAUACAGCACUGAUAUGUAUUGUUUUUCUGGCUGCAAGUCUGAAAAUACAAAUCUUGACAGCCAAAGAGCAAUAGGUCGGGUUUUUCAAGCUGAGGAAUGUGCAGAUGUUUUUGCCAUGCUGUACUAUGCAUACAAAACCAAUCAGUUACCUGCUUGGCCAUGUUCAGGUACAAGAUUGGCUAUACUACAUCCAGAAAAUGCUUCCCAUGUUUCUAUCUGGGUAGCAGCAUGUGUGUUAUUUAUAGACGUAUGCAUACAAUCAACUUCGAAAAUCAUGUGCAGUUGCAAUGUUAACUGCUUUAGGUGUAAAACAUGUCCCUAUGUUAUCAACUGUAGAUAAUGUGAAUGGGUUAUGUGUGUUUUGUAUUUUUUCUACCUAUUUUUCUAGCAUAAUUAUGAACAAAUUUUUAAUUAACCACUAUUUUUAAAAAUAAUGUAUAUUCAAAGUGCAUCUCUAGCUAUAAGCAGAAGGAAAACACUGUAUAUGAACAAAUUUCAUUUUUGCCAACUGUGGCCUUUGCAUUUCCAGGGAAGCAAGAGAAUAGAAACUUGCAUAAUCAGCUUCUUAGUGUUGUUCUUCUAAAACAAAAUAGUUCUUUUAGCAGGUGACCUUCAAUUUUGUAAUGCGAUUCUGGAAGACGUUGAGUAGAUAUGACAUCUGUAGACUUGGAUGUUAAAGUGCUCAACAGUUCUUAAGAUUAUGUGGUGAGCUGCUGUUCUUCCUAUUGUUAUAAAAGCUUGUGUUGUGAUAACUAUUUUCUACCCAGCAAGAGUCUGAGGCACCUCCUUCCACGGGCUCCUUUUAGGUUGGAUGGUCAUUCAGCAGAAAAAUAUUAAUGAAGAAUUCCUUGAGGUUGGAACAGAUGGACAAAGUCCUUCAAGGUUUUCUGCCAGAAUGCAAAGCAAAGAGCUUCAGGUUAACUUGUAUUAACUUCUGCUGCCAGCAUCCUACAGAGUGCUUGAAUGAUCCUUUAAUUGAGCUUAUGGUAUUCUCUUUGUCUUGAAAUGCAUGUUGAAUACUGAAGCAAUCUUAUCACAAUACCAUUUACAACAUACUCUGUAUUUGCCAUACAGAAUUUGCUAUAUGGUGAAAAGGCCUUAUUUUCAAGAGAGAAAUCUUUGUGGAUGUUUAAAGCAAUCUGCUGAUUUUUGCAUCUCUGCUAUUUCAUGGGAGAUGGAGGGUGCAGGACCCUCCACUGUUAACUUCUGAGAACACUAAAAGGGAAGACAGA